AUGAGUGCCUUUGCGUUAUCCACUCCACCACCGUCAGAAUGCGCAGCCGCCGGGAAGCAGAAGAAGAUGAAUGAGGCCCAUCGUGGGCCAGCAAAGCCAUCUCGCAGUAAGAGGCAGUUGGAAGGAAUGGACCUUGGAUGUGAAGACAUUAUAUUGCCACCAACAAGCGCAGCAAAGGAACCCCUAGGCACUCGCACACCUGUAGAGUUUUGGGAUGUCAACAGCAAUAACACCCCAAUACUGCAGCCUGCUGAUUUCAUCUUUGAUGCAGAUGAGUUCACAGGCUCUCCAGAAAUGAUAUCCGACUAUAGCUUUGACGCCAAUCCGCAUCUAGAUAUUCAGGAUUUUUUGCCCCCUUUACCGUAUCCCACACCCGUCGGCCUGGAAAUGGAGAUGGAUAUGCUGAUGGCUGAAAAGCCAGGCCCUCUGGUUGACCUGACAGCGCUUCUGGCGAAGAUGUCGCAUUAUGAAAGCCAGCUACCGAAGUUACCGGGAGGCGAUUUGGACAAUUAUCCCAUUGGUGACGCCCUCUUCCUUUCCCAGCGGUUCUUCACAGUGCUAUCCGAGCAUAACCCUGUUAAUUCGAUAGGGAAAACCUCGCACCUUGAUAUGCCUACAAAAUUACUCACCUUAUCCUGUUAUAUGACCCUAACUCGCAUCCUUAUAUCCGUAUUUGGAUACCUCCAUGGUCGACUCUGUCAGCUUCAAGAGGUGAACUUCCAGAAUGACGGCAUGGGGCACUCUGUCUCUUCCUUGACGGAUAUGCAUGCAUACCGCGGCCUUCGCCUAGGCCAGAUUCAACCAAUCUGCGCGUGUGCGGGAAAGGAAUCGGCCACUCGGGUGAAGAAAGCAGUAUCAAUGUUGUUAGCAUCCCUUGGGGGUGCUGAAGGGAGGUUAGGUUUGCCGCCAGACGUGAGAGUGAUACCCGAUGUUCAAGUAGAUACCAAUCUUGGCCGAGGAAUAUCCACAUUGCCCGAUCAAGGGGACGAGAUGAUGGUACUCGAGGAUGGCUUGCUCGUCGGGCUGACGAAUAGCCGCCUACACAAGGUGGUAAGAGAACAGGCGAGAGAGCUGCGAGAGAAGGUAGAUGAGGUUUACGACGUUUUGAAGGGGUUAUUGGAGAUAUAG